AUGAACCAAUCCGGCCAGCGAUCCGCUAAAUGGGGCAGUCUUGAGCUGCCAUCUCCACUACAUACAGGGCUCUGCGCCUUACCGGAAGACCCUGCCUGGCAAGAUGACGAGCAGCAAUGCUGCGUAGCCAGUAGCGACUUGAGCUCUUCUGAAGAUACCACCGAUACCGUUAACAACUUCAUACGUGUAUCCCGUUUCGCCGAUACGGGCCUCAAUCGUCUACAUCCGCUCGCUUCUUACCGAACUCCCGAUGUUCGAAACCGCGAUACUACCAGAGCUCCUGAACCGAAGACGACACAGCCUUUACGCAUGAACAAGUAUAUGAAGACACUAGACAAAGAAGAAGAAGAAGAAGAAGAAGAAGAAGAAGAAGAAGAAGAAGAAGAAGAAGAAGAAGAAGACUUGAUGGAACUGGAGGAGCUUAGGGUACCGAAGAAUCUGCAGUUGCUUUCUCAACAGCGUGAAGCAUCUUCCACUUAUGGAUGGCAGCCUAUCAACAAGAUUAAGGCUUCGCAGUAUACCACGUGCAUCAUGACCCAGACAGGAUGGCAGUUGAUCGACAACCCAGCGACCACAAAUACGCCGAGCGGGGGAAUGUCGAUGGCCCAUGCUUUGGCGCUACAGCGAGGAGAUAUACUUGACGAAGUGGGCUUGGUAAUCGAACCGCCAUCGGAUCCUAGAGAUGGCGAGGAGAUUGGAGAGAACCUGGACGACGUCGACGAUUUUCCGUGGCUAGACGACAGCUACUUCGACCACUACGGCUACCUUGAUUCUAUGAACAAUCUUGAAGACAGCAAGGAUAACAACGAGCUUGAUCUAACGCCAGAAAGCAAAACAUCCGCCAUACAAUCCAAAUCUAAGGUCGCUGACAAGAAGGGGGUACGACUCGGCUUCGACAAUUCUCUCCCCAAGUCUGCGGUGCGUAAAAGGCCGUUAUUAUCUGCACGACGGCCUACCAAGAUACCUGGAGAUAUACCGGUGAUGGGAGAUACAACGAUAAAUGACGCCAAUCAACCAGUCCACGAUACACUCGAGUUUGACAACGAAGGCAACCACAACGCCAGUGCCGAAACCUCUUCAGACGAGGCCGGCAAAUGGGAGUUGCUAGAAGGCAACAAAGACGCUCCAAGGACCGGCAAUGUCUCAGUCCACAAACUCACCAUCAAACUCCGUAACACUGCGACCGGUGAAUCCAAGACCCUCGCCUACCCACAAGCCAAAGACAUCGAUUGGACCUCCCGACCACAGAUCGCCGCCAUAACCCAAUGGCGUACCGACGUCUUCUACGAGCACGGUCUCAAUACCAAAAAGAAUGUGAUCGUGUACACACCCCUCGAAGACGCAUGGAUGACGCUGUUCCAUCGCAAACUCCGCGCCACCAUCGAAGCAGGCCACCUAGUCAGGAUCCCUGGUCCAGCCUCCGUGUUGGUAGCCUUCAACGCGUACUUCGAAGGCAGGGCGCUUAGGGAUGCAAAUGGAGAAGACGUAGGACCCAGACCCUCGCGCGAUGCAAUCUCUAUCCGGGGAAAGCUUGACGGUAGGGCUAGCAAGAUUGCCAAAGAGCGGAAGGAAAUGAGGGAACUUCUGGAAGGGAAGAAGGGUGGUGCCGUGUUUGUACCGGCUGUUACGGAGGAGGAGCUCACGAAAUUUCAAGAAGAUGGGACAGUCGCUGCUGACGACCCGAGCGAGGCUAGUAAGAAUGCAUCGUCGGGUGGUGAUGGAAGGAAGAGCAAGCGGUCGUCGCCAAAACGGAAGCGCGAGAAGGAAGAUGCAGGGGAACGAGAGGCGAAGAAGGCGAAGCAGACCACUGCAGGUGCCAAAAAGCUGUCUGGAACGUAA